AUGGCUAUGCCUUAUCGUGGUGGGGGAACCCAGACUGGCCUGGGCCUGGAUUUCCUGACUCGUACACAUUUGACCACUGCUUCGGGCAGCCGCGCUGUUGAUGGUGUGGCGCAAGUGGUGGUUGUGCUAACAGAUGGGCGCUCCCAGGAUGACGUGGCCGAGCCAGCUCAGGUGCUGUGCCUGGCAGGCGUGGAGGUGUUUGCAGUUGGAGUUCAGGAUGCAGUUGAUUCAGAGCUCAGAUUAGGGUCACAAGAUUCAGCUGACCUAGUACUCUUAAUUGAUGGAUCAGAGAACGUUGGAGCAGCAAACUUCACCUUUGUGCGCGAUUUGGUUUUGAGAAUCAUUGAGCCCCUUGAUGUGGGCAGGGACACUGUUCGGGUGGCCUUGGCCCUGUACAACGGCAACCCACAGAUAAAGUUCUAUCUAAAUAGCUUUGACAGCAAAUCAUCAGUCCUGGAAGCGGUGAAGGGCCUUUCCUACUCAGGGGGUGAUGAAUCUAACCUGGGGUUCGCCUUGGAGGAAGUAGCCAAAAGCCUUUUAAGCCAAACAGCUGGGGGCAGGGUCGACGAGGGUGUGCCCCAGAUGUUGGUGGUUAUCAGUGCUGGGCCGUCAACUGAUGAUACUGGUGCCGGUGACCGGGCCCUUAAGAGGGCCGGCGUCAUCACAUUAGGUGUUACGAUUGGUGAAACGGCCAGUACAGAUCUGGAAGCAGUUGCUACAGAUAAAAGUUUUGUCCUGUCAGCCCCUGAUUUCAGAACAGUGGCGAGCAUGGGUGACCGGCUGCUCCCAUUAAUUAACGGGGUGGUCCAGCGCAACAUUAUAGUUCAGACCGAGUUCACACAAGUCUUGGCAGUUGGACCACGAGACAUCAUUUUCCUCAUCGACAGUACAAUGGGUGCAACGCUUAUCAACUCUGUGCGAGAAUUCAUCAAGCGGUUCGUCAACAUCAUUCCAAUUGGUCCAGAUGGAGUUCAAGUGGGUGUGGCCCAGUUCAGCAAUAUCCCUCGACUUGAGAUGGAUCUCAACUCCUAUGGAUCCAGGGAGGAAUUAACUGCUGCUUUGGGCUCUAUCAAACCAAGACCGGGACAGACAGUCAACAUUGGAGCAGCCUUGGACUUUGUGCGGACGAAUAUGCUGCGGCCUGAGAAAGGCAGUCGUAUUCAACAGGGGGUACCCCAGCUUUUACUGUUGAUGACCAGUAAAAAGUCAAGUGACAGUGUGGAAGCACCCGCUAAAGCCCUGCAGCAAAUGGGCGUAUUGACUCUAGCUGCGGGUUCCAAGACUGCGACGGAGAACGAGCUGCAGCAGAUUGCCUUUGCUGACACUGUUGCGUUCUAUUUGAAAGACUUCCGCUCACUGCUUCGCAACCCAAAGGCAAUUGUCGAUGCACUCUCCACUCUAGCUGGGGUGGUGGUGACUGAAGGACCCACUGAGUCAGUGGUGGAGAUAACUACAGUGCAGACUCAAAAAGUGGUUCGAGACAUUGUCUUCCUUGUGGAUGGAUCAAACUACGUUGGCAGCAGUAACUUUUCCUAUGUGAGAGAUUUCAUCAUCAACGUGGUCAACCAGCUGGAUGUACGUCCUGACAGAGUCAGGAUUGGUCUCCUGCAGUUUGCUGAGAGCCAAAAGAUUGAAUUUCAUCUGAACACCUACAGCAGCAGGCAAGAUGUUGUGAAUCAAAUCUCUCAACUCAGGCUGACUGGAGGCUCAGUUUUGAAUACAGGAGCUGCCAUGAAUUAUGCCCUUAGCAAAAUGUUCCAGCCAUCAACUGGGUCACGUAGGAAGCAGGGAGUCCAGCAGGUGUUGGUUCUGAUCACAGGUGGUCCAGUCCAGGAUCAGGCUAAAAACGCAGCUGAUAAAUUGGCUCUUGCUGGUGUUUUGACCUUCACAGUCAGUUCUGGGCAAGCAGAUGAAGCCCUAAUGAAAACAGUUGCCUUUGUUGAAGAUUUGGCUUACCAUGAAACAAGCUUCUCAAAUUUGCCAGCUCUGGCUGAACAAAUAAUGCCAAAGUUGAUAACAGUGGUUGGUGAUACAGAUGUGACAGAAACAACGUUCCCUGAGGAACCUGUCUUGGCAGUUGGACCACGAGACAUCAUUUUCCUCAUCGACAGUACAAUGGGUGCAACGCUUAUCAACUCUGUGCGAGAAUUCAUCAAGCGGUUCGUCAACAUCAUUCCAAUUGGUCCAGAUGGAGUUCAAGUGGGUGUGGCCCAGUUCAGCAAUAUCCCUCGACUUGAGAUGGAUCUCAACUCCUAUGGAUCCAGGGAGGAAUUAACUGCUGCUUUGGGCUCUAUCAAACCAAGACCGGGACAGACAGUCAACAUUGGAGCAGCCUUGGACUUUGUGCGGACGAAUAUGCUGCGGCCUGAGAAAGGCAGUCGUAUUCAACAGGGGGUACCCCAGCUUUUACUGUUGAUGACCAGUAAAAAGUCAAGUGACAGUGUGGAAGCACCCGCUAAAGCCCUGCAGCAAAUGGGCGUAUUGACUCUAGCUGCUGGUUCCAAGACUGCGACGGAGAACGAGCUGCAGCAGAUUGCCUUUGCUGACACUGUUGCGUUCUAUUUGAAAGACUUCCGCUCACUGCUUCGCAACCCAAAGGCAAUUGUCGAUGCACUCUCCACUCUAGCUGGGGUGGUGGUGACUGAAGGACCCACUGAGCCAGAGGUGGAGAUAACUACAGUGCAGACUCAAAAAGUGGUUCGAGACAUUGUCUUCCUUGUGGAUGGAUCAAACUACGUUGGCAGCAGUAACUUUUCCUAUGUGAGAGAUUUCAUCAUCAACGUGGUCAACCAGCUGGAUGUACGUCCUGACAGAGUCAGGAUUGGUCUCCUGCAGUUUGCUGAGAGCCAAAAGAUUGAAUUUCAUCUGAACACCUACAGCAGCAGGCAAGAUGUUGUGAAUAAAAUCUCUCAACUCAGGCUGACUGGAGGCUCAGUUUUGAAUACAGGAGCUGCCAUGAAUUAUGCCCUUAGCAAAAUGUUCCAGCCAUCAACUGGGUCACGUAGGAAGCGGGGAGUCCAGCAGGUGUUGGUUCUGAUCACAGGUGGUCCAGUCCAGGAUCAGGUUAAAAACGCAGCUGAUAAAUUGGCCCUUGCUGGUGUUUUGACCUUCACAGUCAGUUCUGGGCAAGCAGAUGAAGCCCUAAUGAAAACAGUUGCCUUUGUUGAAGAUUUGGCUUACCAUGAAACAAGCUUCUCAAAUUUGCCAGCUCUGGCUGAACAAAUAAUGCCAAAGUUGAGAACAGUGGUUGGUGAUACAGAUAUGACAGGGUUUUUUACGGAGCAGCCACAAACACAAUAUAAUCAUCACAGUCAAAAUGUCACCAGCUUUCAAUAGUAGGCCCUUUAUGUAGCCAGCAGCCUGAUGCAGGUUAUUGACUGUCAAACAGCUCGACUCACAGCGUGUAACCGCCCUUCCGCUACCAUCCAGUCACAUCUCUGAGCUUCUUUCUGCUUCAUAUAGUCGGUCACUGGUUGGCUCUUGUGCACACACACUUAAUUGCUGAGACGUCUUGAGGAAAUGGGACAGCGGGCACUCAAAGCGGUGUUAGCAGGAGAUACUGAACACACUGGGGAGACGCUGCUUCACUGUUUACAAAGCUUUCAAAUGUUUGUAAGGAAACAUAAAGAACUGUAAUCUUUGUGCAAUAAAAGUUCAAGCCAUAUUGGUAACUGCACAUGUGCAUUAA